UGGUCCCCGCUGCGGCGGGUUAGUGCACGGGAAAGCCCGGGCGGCGGUGGCGGAGGGGCACAACGUGACCUGACAACAAGGAACCUCCGGGAAAACCGUCAAUCCGAAACUAUGCGCCGAGGAGAGAGAGCGAGAGCUCAACCGAGGGGGUAGGAGGAACGUGGGUGCGAAUCAACCUCGGCGAGUGAGUGGAAAAUUGCGGGCGUUGUGGCCGUCGCGAACCCCCUGCUGGCUCCGGAGGACACCCCGUGGCUGGGAGGCGGAGACGGGACCCCCGGUGACGUCAGAGGGCCUGUCUGUUUCCUGCAAUAGAAAGUGAGGGAGAAGGUGAAGGCAGAAAUCCGGAGCCGAAGCCCCUCUUUCGUCGCUCUAAAGAUGUAUGCAGACGCUGCCACCGCCGCCACAGCUCUCAACUCCUCUAAGGGUCCGGCAGUAGCGCCCACUUUUCCCAAGAUGCACUUGUGAACUGAGGAGGAAAGAUGCCGCGCACCAAACAGAACAACCCGAAAAAUCUCAAAGAUAAAAUUGAAGAGGCCCAGAAAGAGCUUAAAGACCCCACAAGCUCAACGAAAAGUAUAUCUGAAAGCAGUCGACGAAUUGAAGAUAACAUCAAAGGCUUGAAGAGGAAAAAGGUUGUUGCAGAGAACAAGCAAAAGAAGAUUCCUAAAUCUCCAGUGAAGAAACCACUGCAGUUGAAAACUGAUGAAACUGCUCAAGGAGGAAACCCCAAGGAGAAUACACCUUCCUUCCCUACUUCCAACAGUCCUUCCCAGAAUCCUUCAACAACGCUGAGUGAGAGUAAAGAGUCACAGGAUGCUCAAGCUGUUGAACAAUCCCCUGACAGAAGGGAAUGUGUCAAUGACCAUGAAAAAGUAAAGCAAGAGGAAAACCAGUCAACACCACCAUCACGCAGACCAAAUGAUAAUGGUGAAGAGGAUUCUCUGAAAGUGUCACAACCCAAAGACAGUAACACCCAAGACUGCCGCAUUGAUAAAGAUCCUUACCACACCAGUGCGCCACUUGAUGUCCUACUGAAAGCAAUGGAACCAGACAUGCUUACACUCUCUGAGAGGAAGAAGUCCUUCCCAGUUAGAGCCCCUAUAAAACCAAGUUCCACCCUUCAACCUCAAGGCCCUGGUGAAUUACCAAAGAUGCCAGCUGUUAAUUUUGGUAUCCACACUCAGUCUUCUCCUAUGCAGACCUAUUACAUCGACAAACAGGGUAAUGUCAUUGGCAUUGCUGCGCCAUUACAGGAUAGUGUGCCGGCAUCGUCACAGGGUGACCACAUGCAGUCGUUAUCAUUUGCAAAUCAACAUUUUAUUCCUGUUGUAUCUAAUGCGGAAAAGCCAAGUCUUCACAUGAGUUUUAAUACCAGACUGUCUACUAUAUCUCAUGCACCUGCUCCCUCCGGCUCAAAUGCAUUGCCAAAAAGCCAACCCCCAGUUGUGCAAACCUGCCAAUCGCUUUCAGCAAGUGUGCCCAACACCAUACAGGUCCCAGUUACACCUGGAAACAACCAUAUUCAGAUGACAACUGUAAUGAACUUUGGCUCUGAGCAGGUUUCCAAGGACCAAAAGUCAAAGAAACCAGGAAAAUAUGUUUGUGAAUACUGCAACCGGGCAUGUGCGAAACCCAGUGUGCUACUCAAACAUAUCAGAUCUCACACAGGAGAAAGACCAUACCCCUGUGUGACUUGUGGUUUCUCUUUCAAAACCAAGAGCAACUUGUACAAACACAAGAAAUCACAUGCUCAUGCUAUAAAACUUGAUCUCAUUGCACGCUCUGAAUCGGGAGGUGGACUGCUAUCCCAAGAAUCUGACAAAACCCUUGGACCACAUUCUGAGGUGGAGGAGAGCGGAGACAGUGAUGAUGACAGAAGUACGGUCGAUCUGGAUCCAGAAUCAUCACAAAGCAGUGCAGCAGCUUUGUCAGAAAAUAGCAUACAGGGUGCUGGUACAACCCAAUCAAACUUUGCAGAAGUGGACUCAACAGCUGUGUUCGAAUCAAUGAAACCAGCUCUCGCUCAAAGAGGUCAUGAGCCAAAAGUGGCAGCUGUGCUGCCAAAAGUUGUUGUAUAUCCAGUUAAUGUUUCGCCUCUGAGGGCAGAUAGCCCACGAGUCACCGGUGCAGCACCUGAACAAACUGCUUCGCAACGCCAACGAGAGUUUGCACCUGUUAAUCUGAGAUCAAACAUCACAGUCCUGUCAUCUCUCAAAGAGGUCGUUGGUACAAGUCCUUCACUGGAUACCGUGAGUGAAGAUGAGGACCAACAAUGCAAGUCUCCACUUCUAAGUGGACAUGCUCAGCUUCAGAGGCAACAAGCAACAGACUUUUCUCAACAGCAACAAGCUAAGUGUCUACUGAGUCCCCGUAGUUUAGGAAGUACAGAUUCCGGCUACUUCUCUCGCUCUGAAAGUGCUGACCAGGCAAUGAGUCCACCUAGUCCAUUUGUGAAGAUAACGGCUCCAGUUGACAUUGACCUAUCCAAAAAGGACGUGCCCAACGUCUCUCCUGUUGUUUCUUCUGUAAUGCAUGUAGCAGUAGAGCAGAGGUCUCAAGCAACUGAGGGACAAAUGCGCCCCCCAUUAGAAACAAAAGCCCUUUCUCUGGGAGAAAGAAUUUCAAAGCUGAUAUCUGACAACGAGGCAGUGGUAGACAACAAGCAGUUGGACAGUGUUAAACCAAGGAGAACAUCUUUGUCAAGAAGAGGUAGCAUAGACUCUCCAAAAUCCUAUAUAUUUAAAGAUUCCUUUCAGUUUGACCUUAAACCCAUCGGAAGAAGGUCAAGUUCAAGCUCAGACAUCCCCAAGUCCCCAUUCACACCCACUGAUAAAACAAAGCCGUUUUUUCUUCUUUCUGUACCUUCUCAAUACGCCCCAAUGGAUUGUUUGCCGAUCACAAGAAGUAACUCAAUGCCUACUACCCCAGGACACUCUGCUUUUCCACUUAAUGUUGCCCAUCUGCCCCACUCUUUGAGAAUUUGUCAUUCAUUUGAUGAGAAAACUUCAAAUAAUGAUGAUGUAUUUUCAUCCGCACCGUCAACCCCAAAUCCAGCAAUACAUUCUCGGACCUUGGUCAGACAAGUUGCAGUGGAAGAUUUUUCCACCGGUGAGGGGCACCGACUUCCAACUGUCCGCUCUAUGGAUGAUGGAUAUCAUGGUGCAAAUAAUAGCACAGAACUCAUGCAAAGAAGUCGAUCUUUUGAGCACAGCCAGGAAAGACAAAGAAAACUUCAAAAUAAAGGCACGAUGUAUGAGUGUGAAACUUGUCGAAACCGGUACAGAAAGUUGGAGAACUUUGAAACUCACAAGAAAUUUUACUGCUCAGAACUUCAUGGGCCUAAACACAAGCCUGUUGUUGUUCGAGAAAGUGAUCAAGAUGUCUUUCAUGUCAACGUGCAACCAAAUCUAGUUUCUAGAUCAACAAGUGGCCCAGGCUUAAUUGACCAACAGAUAUCAUUCAGAAAGAGAAGGAAAAUGAAAAGUGUGGGAGAUGAGGAUGAUCAAUCACCAACUGACACUAAUCCACCUUGUUCAGUUAGUUUUGAUUCAUGUCAAUUAUUGACAACGGUUGGAAAUAAAACUUUCCCCCAUCAUACUGUAAUGGUCGACAAACCAACCAUAAACAAUCUGCCAAAACUACCUCAAAUUCAACCCGUAGCACGUGGUACUAAUGCUUCUGAUUCAAGACUUUCACCGAUACGAGAGACUCAGAUCAGCACGUCCAUUAAAGGAGAAAUCCAGAGGCAAUGCAGCGGUACUUCAGUUAUCAGACACACAAACUCUCUUAGCAGACCUAGUUCAUUUGAGACUGAAUCUACAGAUAGGAGUUCUCCUUUAGAUAGUAGGGAAAAAGCCCUCCCAAAACCCAAUCCAGAUGUAACAGCAGAUGACACCUACCAUGAAAAGUUAUCUAACAAGACUAUGGAAGAUGAUUAUAGGAAUCAAAGAAUGGAGCAAUGCACUGAUGGUACAGUGGGAGCUACUGGAGAAACCGCUGGUCCUGUUCAACAGUGUCGUCUAGUUCGUCAAAAUAACAUCCAGGUUCCUGAGAUUUUGGUCACUGAAGAGCCUGACAGGGAACACGAAAUACAGCCUUCUGAGCAGUCAGAAAAGCCUGCGGAUCAGUUUAGCUGGCCACAAAGAAGUGAAAGCUUGUCAAAGCUACCAGCAGAAAAACUUCCACCAAAAAAGAAAAGGAUUCGUCUUGCUCAAAUGGACCACUCCUCGGGGGAAUCGAGCUUUGAAUCGAGUCUCUCACGAAGCCUGAGCAGAGACAGCACUCUCUCACACUGUUCCAGCAUUUCAGCCUCUUUUGACAGAGAAGAACCAUCAAGAUCAGAAAGUCCUUUAGGAGGUGAGUGUGCCAGCAGAAUUCCAGAGCAGCAAGGUCAGCCCAAAGUCUUCAGCACACUUGGCGUACCAGGAGUGAUGAGGCGUGCUGCAUCCGAACAGAUCACUUGUACUCAACCCUCAGUGGAAAUUUCAUGCGACUACCGUAGCAAGUCUUUUGACUGUGGCAGUGUAUCUCCCAGAAGAGGUCAAUCACCCGUUGGCCAUCCUAAAACUGGAACCAUCACCCAAGCGGCACAGGUUCCACUUAUUGAAAGGAGGCGGGGGCCAUUAGUUCGCCAAAUGUCUCUGAAAAUAUGCCCAGAUAAUCCCCAGCCUGUUCGGAAAGGUGUCAUAAAUCUCGACAAAGCUCAAGUUACAAAUGUAGACCAAAACAGGUGCCAAAUUCAAAUUGUCAACAGAUUUCCACUGUCCCAGCCUUUCAUCAUCCAAUCUGGAGGAUUACCCAUGCAAAAAAACGAGCAAAUAGUCCAAAGUAUACAUUUGGGGAGCACAACACAGCAGCCUCAAGUCUACGGCCUUCCCCACCCUUGGCAUCAAAUAUCCAGAGUUCAAGUAUGUGAAAAGAUACAGCAGCCUGUGAGCCAGAUCUUAGUAGGAAGCAAGAUUGCCUUAAACAAGCCACCUGAUGUGAAAGACAGUAAAUGCCUCGUGCCCAAAUACCAAUUGCAAUGUCCUACUCAAAGACCAAGUCACACACUUUCGUUCUCUGGCACACAGGAAUCUCGGAUAGCUUUACCAGUCUUACCGAUGUCUGUUGCCAAUCCCAUUUUGAGUGUUUCCAAAUCAUCAGAUGUGCUCCAAAAUGUUUAUACUCCCCACCCUAGUCAGCAUUCGGAUGUCAAGAAAAAAUCUAUCGUUUUGGCUGUUGAACACCAAAGAAAUGCUAACACUCAGACCCAGCCAGGUGGUAUUCCAUUGCCACAGAUCCUCAUAACGCAUGAGCAGAUCCACACAACUCCCCCCUUCUCCACCAAAAAUACCCUUCCAGCCACUCACAUUCUAGACGCUGAAAGCCACACUUCACCAAAUGUAAAAAAGGAUUGGGCUCAAACUGUUACUCUUCAUAACAACACCGGGGAAAGAGUGUCGUCUCUGGGGUCGUUACAUUGCACACAGAAACUGGCGUCUGUAACUCUUUCCCCGCAACAAGAGCCCAUCGCUUCAAGUAAAAGAAUGUUAUCACCCGCCAACAGUUUGGAUAUCUACAUGGAAAAGCAUCAAAAACGUGCUAAGGACGAGAACGGUGUGGCCUGCCUGACCGAUGGCAGGUCAGUGAAUUAUCUUAAUUCCACCUUGUCAGAAGUGACCAGACAGCGGAAACUAACACUCGUUAGGCAGGUGUGUACAACUGAACCAGCAGACAGUCCAAUCGAGACAGAGGCCCCCCAUUUGCCUCAUGUCAAAACUGAUACGAAGGAUCUUGACGAUGUUAAGCCAAUGUCACCUGAUGGUACUGGUCUGGAAAAAGACACAAGCACAGUUAUUCCUGAAGAGGCUCACGCUGUCCUACAUACUAAUUUACCCGAUUGCCAAGCUGUCUCGAUGCCAGUCGCUCAAUCCCUGAAGCCUAAAGUGAAAAUGGAAGAAAACAGGUGGAAUCCCAUCAAAUCGCCCAUAAGACCAUCAAGUUUCCUCGGUGGUCACGUGAAACUGCCCACAUCUGUUUCCGUGGUUAACACAAAGGACAGUCAUCGGCUGUCUUUCCCGAGCCUGAAGACAGCCACCACUUUCACGUGGUGUUUUUUGAUGAAGAGAAAACCACUUCACACUCUUCAGAGCGACCUGAAAAUUUCCGCUUACGCUGCCUGGACAGUCAACCCUCACAAUGUAAAUCCACUUGGGUUGCCCACAAAGGUGGUCAUGUCACUUCUGGACUCCAAACAGAGCUCAAAGAAAAUCCAUUACACCUCAGCUAUAAAAACAUCUGGGAAAUCGGACAUCUUGUCUUACUCUGGCAAGCUGAAAGACGUUAUGCUCAGGGUCCCAAUGACACAGAAGACCAGAUCAGUUGAAGCCAGAAGUAAAGUGAAAGCAGAAACUCAUUCCAGCAUUGAGUCAGACAAGGAGCUGCCGUCAAAAACAGAACCGAGACGGAUUAAAAUCUUCGAUGGCGGAUACAAAUCAAACGAAGAGUAUGUUUACGUACGUGGGCGAGGGCGUGGCAAAUACAUCUGCGAGGAAUGCGGGAUCCGCUGCAAGAAGCCCAGCAUGUUGCGCAAGCAUAUUCGCACCCACUCCGAUGUGCGACCGUAUCACUGCAUCCACUGCAACUUCUCCUUCAAGACCAAAGGAAAUCUCACCAAGCACAUGAAGUCCAAGGCGCACAGUAAGAAAUGCAUGGAGAUGGGGGUGCCGAAUGGGCUUUCUGAAGAUCCGGAUGCAGAAGAUUCAGGAGACCGCAGUCAAGUGAGCAGCGCCGACCGGCAAGAUUCAGACGGCGACGACUCGGACGGCCCUGACGAGGAGGAGAACGAAGACGAGGAAGAGGAGGACAGCCAAGCGGAAUCCGGCCUGUCCACGAACCCUUCCGUGUCCGCCAGCCCGCAGCAUAUUCCGUCUAAGGAGGCCGAGGUCCCUCCGAGUGCCCUCCUGGCUCAGAUGUCGAUCAGCUCCCUUGCACAGCCGCCGGCUCCCGAACCCCACAAAUCGGACUCUGUCCUCAUCGUGAACCCUUUGUCGCUGAGUAAGCAGUACUCAAUCUCUGGCUACUGUCCGAGCUCAACGUCUAUCUGGAGCUCGCUGCCCUCCGUCGCGGCCACCGCCGACUCCAACUUCUCGGACACAGAGUCGGUGCACAUGAUGAGCCCGGUGUCACCGUGCAGGCAGAUGUCCAUCGACUACCCCGACUGCGAUGUGCCCCUCAGUCCCCCGAUGUCAGGGACGGGCUUUCGACCAUGCCAGGAACCAUCUUCUGGCACGCCUCCUUUGGCAAAAACUGAGUGUGGCCUACCAGUGGACCAAAGCACACAGACCUCCACAUCACAAAGUCCAACACACGCACCCCUACAAGGUCAAUGUCAAGCCCCGAGAAUGGAGACACAGACCCACCUGUUCAGUCACCUCCCCCUGCACUCCCAGCAACCUUUCAGCUCCCCUUACAACAUGAUUCCCGUGGGGGGCAUCCAAUUGGUGCCUGCUGGACUGGCAGCUUAUUCCACCUUUGUGCCGAUUCAGGCCGGUCCCGUUCAGCUCACCAUCCCGGCCGUGAGCGUAAUCCACAGGAACGCCAGCCCGUCGACGGCCCCCGACGCCUCGCCGCGGCAGGACAACUUGCAGACCCAGCCCCUCGUGAUCCAGGAGCCGAUCAGCAACGUGGUGCCCUGCUUCCCUAUCGGUCAACUGAGCGACUUGCAGGGUCAGACAAUGCAGCCGGUGGGUUUGGACACACUCAACCUGAUGGGCCUGACCAACACGGGGUUAGCGACCAGCCAAAUCCUACCGCAGCAAGGGGUCGCGUUGCAGGUUUUAGCCGCGAGCCCCACCUCCCAAAGCGGAACCAGCACCCAGACACACAUGCCGGGCCUGCAGAUAGUUAACAUCGCCCUGCCCGCCAUCAUUCCCUCUCUCAGCCCGCUGCCAACCCUGUGCCCUCUACCUUGCCCGUCUGACAGGCAAGGGAGCCCUGACGCUCUCGGCUUGCCAUCGUCUCAAACCGAAAGUCCCUCGGCUCGUACGCCCGCUCCCCGACCCGCCUCUUUGCCGGUCAGCACCUCUCCAGAACUGCAUCCAGGCAGCCGGCCGGGCACCGGAGGGGGCAAUUCUGCGGAGCUCACACAGACUUUGGAAAAGGUUGAAAGAGAGAAACCCUCACAGCAGCAUUCAGCCCCACAAAGUCCAGCACAUAACCCGGCAUCACCCAAAGGAGGUGCUGACGAUCCACUUCAUAGAGCACCAGCAGCGUCCAGCAGGCGGAAGGUCAUUGAUGACUAUAAUGAGGUUUCCAGUGAUGAUGAGGACAGACUGGUCAUUGCCACCUGAAAGCCACCCAGAGCCAAAAUGCUCUCUUUUUUUUUUUUUUUCUCCCUUUUUGUAUGGUUAUUUUGUAUGUAAUUGUCGACACUUUAAGACUGAAAACACUUCUUCAGGGGUUUGUUUCUACAAAUCACCUUUCAAAGCACAGAUGCUGACAUUUGACAUAUUGUACGUGCAAUCAUAUGGCAAUUAUAAUGAUGACCAAUCAUUUUAUUUGUUUUUUUUUUUUUUUUUUGUCAGCGCCAGAAAAUGUUUUUGUACAUGUUGUAUAGACGAUUGUGCCUUUUAUGGAGUUUCUUGUUUAGGAACCUGUACAUAAUUCCAUAUAAAGUCAGUAGAUGCUCAUGGUUUUAUGUAUAUAUUCACACCAAGCUAGAAGCAGCAUUACAACGGAGGGUAUCACUUUUCCUUUGGAGGAUUUCUCAUUUGUAAAUUUACUGAACGAUAAUUGUUGUACUGGUAUACUGUAUGUACAUUUCUAUGGAUUCUUGGGCAAUGUUUAUGUGUACAAAUGUUGUGUUCAACUAUUUAUUAUAAUCCAUCUAGUGCCCAUUCAGACUUUUUGGUCCAUUGCUAUGUGCAUUAUGGUAGCUUUACUUUUGCUGUAUCAAUAUUCUGAACUGUAUGAGUAAAGAUUUGUUU